AUGGCAGGACUCACUUCAGAUAAUAUUUCUAUCGCAUCUGCGCAGCAGUAUGGUUUUACGAAGGACCGCGACACCUGUGUCUUCUGCAAAAGGAGAACAACACCACCGCCUGGUGAUCCACUCGCCCCCGUUUUUGUCUUUUUUUCUCUCGUUGACUGUCGUCAUUAUGUUUGUCAGCCUUGUGCCCUCGUGAACUGUGAUAAUGCGGGUCGUUAUAUUCGCUGUCCAACAUGUCACUCCGUAUCGCGUCUCGCGCAGAGCGGUAUGAAACGCAACGGUCAUUACACCUCACGUGUGCCGAUUGACGAUGGUGUCUCUUCAACUCUAUCUCAUGCUACCCGGCGAUCAUCAUCGGCUCUGCCACGUAAUUUUCUCCCACAAAAGAGUUCAAUGGCACCGGCAGAUCGCAGCAAGAAGCGAUCUUCCUCUGUGCAGUUUCCGCCUGACCCUACAACAUCCAUUGUUCCUCCGUUUGAUGAAAAUGUUCGUACAUCUGUCUCGUUAACGGCGGCAGCUGAAGAAACAUCUCCAUUAACGCAUGAUGCGGUUGAGCGGUUACCGGCGGACCCAGAGUAUGUAAAGCGCCAACGCGAGAAGGAUACGGCAAUUGCUGUAGAGAAGGAGAAACCUGAAAUGGUUGGUCUAUACACCAUUAGAGGUACCUCUUCGCCGCGACGCCGUACUACAGCAGAACGUUCACGGAGUGUCCCACUACCCCCUAAGGAACACAAGUAUCUUGCACCACCGUUACCCUUUGCACCUCCACCACCACUGCAGAUUCAUACAGUUGAAGAAGAAGAAGAACAACAACUUCAGCAAACAAAGGGGCAAAAAAUAGGGGAAGAACCAUUACCACAUUCCCACUUUUUUCCUCUUGCUGAUGAGAUUAAACGAAGUAUUCUUGCAUCUUUAGAUAAAGAAGAACAAGAGAGAAAGAUCAUAGAAACGGCAGAAGAACACCGACGCAAUGCCAUUGUCAAACAACGUGAUAUUCAGGAGAAAGAACAGCUUGCUGCACGUGGGAAACUAGAUAAUGAGUUUGACAUUCGACUUAGCCCCCAAACCCCUAUAGACGCUUCCGAAGGACAAGUCAGCGUAACCUCCGAUGAUGAAGUCGCCACCACUUCUAUAAAUCAUGUGCAAUACGAAGAACACCUUCCUUCUGAACAGGACAAACCUUCAUUUUUUACGCAAACUGAAAAUUGGUCAGGUCAGCCUCCAUAUGCAAGCGAAUCAGGCGUUGUAUUGCAAGAGAACAAGAACACUACUCUUGACCCGCACGUUAUUGAGGCAGAAGAAGAGAAGCUUGUAGAGCUGCAGGAGCAGGAGAAGCAGAUUCUGCAGGGUCAAUUGGAUGCCCUCAAGGUUACCAGAAAUGCCGAUCCACAGGCCAUCAGGGCUCUGGAGGAGAAGCUUGUGGAGCUGCAGGAGCAGGAGAAGCAGAUUCUGCAG